UCUACCAACAACGAUGAUAGAAAACGUCAAAUGUGUUUGUGUACAAAUAUUAUCGUUACCUUGGCUUGCCUGACAGUGGGAGGAAGUGUACGCGAAAAAGAAACACUUUUCAUCGUUUCCGACAUGGACAACGUUUGUUCAUCGACUUUGAAACCUUAAUACCUCACGCGAAGGCAGACAAAGGUGUUUGAAUUUGAAAAAAAUGGAUUUGACCUGCGUUCGACGUGGAGUAAAACAAGGAACUUGUGUACUGUUAGUAGUGUAUUGUCUUAUUUUAUUUACAACUUUUGCCGACACGCUAUCUAUAAUUGUACGUACAGAUCCUAGUAAUGAAACAAGUUUUUCCAGUUCAAAAUCUUUAUUGUUGCCAUCACCAACAUUAGGAAAUUCAUCAAUAGAAAAAACCAUCCCUCUAUCAAUUGGCAGCAAUCUAUCAGCUUUGUCAAGUACAGCAUCUAUAUUGAUGUCAUCACAUACCACGCCAAGAGGUUUAUCAGUGAAAGAAAGCGCAUCUCUAUCUAGAAGUUUAAGUCUGUCAAGUUUGACAAGUACAACAUCUGCCACGACACCAUCAAUUGUUAUGAAAACUAAUUAUACGAUAGUUUAUGUCCUAGUCUCCGUGGCAGCCUUGGCUGUUUUAUUUGCCGUGAUCUUUUGCUCUUUGUAUUUAAGGUCGUCUCGCUUCUGCUCAAAAUGUUUGAAUUUUUCCGAUUCGUUAUCACCGGUAUUUCAAUUUGAUAACAUGCACACUUCAAACAUCUUUUCCAAUCAGGGCAAGGCUGUCAAGUAUCAGACGGCAAGUUAUUUGCAAAGCUGAUCCGAUAACACUGUUGGACUUUGAAGGUCAUGUAAAACGCCUCCAUGCCGACUCAGACUACCAGUUUUCUUUGGAAUUCGAGUCUGUUGGAAAUAAGAAAUUUUUAAAUGAGACAGACAAGCAACAAGAGCUAACUACCAACGAAGGCAGUAAAAGUAUAAAUGCAAAGAAAAACCGUUAUCCUGAUAUUUUACCAUUUGACCAUACUUUAGUGAAACUUAGUGAAGUGGACAAUGAACCUGAGUCAGUAUACGUUAACGCCAGUUAUGUGGACAGUUAUCGAUCUCCGCGUGGCUAUAUUGCUGCACAAGGUCCGCUCCCUGAGACUGUGACGGAUUUCUGGCGUAUGGUGUAUGAGAAUAAUUCGUAUGUUAUUGUCAUGGUGACCAGCUUAUUUGAACGAAUGAAGAUGAAAUGUUCGCAGUAUUGGCCAGAUAAAGCAUCUUCAAAAUACGGCUGCUUUGUAGUGACGAUAAUAGAAGAAAAGAUUUUUGCCAAUUAUGUUGUUCGUAAACUUCGUCUUUCUGUUGCGUCGAAGAAGUUGGGUAAAGAAGACAAAGCUCGAGAGAUCCAACAAUUCCAUUUCACAGAGUGGCCUGAUCAUGAUGUCCCCGUUCAUCCUAUGUCUUUACUUCCUUUUAUACGUCAUUCAAAACUGGCUAAUCCCCCGGAUGCUGGGCCUCUUGUCGUUCACUGCAGUGCUGGCGUGGGACGCACGGGGGUAUAUAUGGUCAUUGAUAGCAUGAUGGAGAGGAUAAAUGACGAUAAAACAGUUGAUGUUUUCAAUUAUCUCGUACACAUACGUUCUCAAAGAAUGUCUUUAGUUCAAGAAGAGCGUCAGUACAUAUUUAUCCAUGAUUGUCUGCUGGAGUAUAUAAAAUUUGGAGACACAAGUAUUCCUAUUAAAGAAUUUCACACUCGUCUUGCGACGCUGCGAGCUGUUGGCCCUGGCCACAAGAAAAGCCUUUUGAGGAGGGAGUUCGAGGAUAUUGAUCAUACAAAGAAUUUAGAAAAACACAAAUGGGCUGGAAGGAAACAUUACAAUCUUUUAAAGAAUCGACGAAAGGAUAUUUUACCCGUUGAAAGAACUCGUGUUAAACUUCCUCUUCUUCUUGGUGUUGAUGGAGCAGAUUACAUAAACGCAAGUUACAUUGACGGUUUCAUAAAGAAGCGAGAGUUCAUUGCGACUCAAGCUCCCAUGGUAGAAACCGCUGAAUGUUUUUACCGCAUGGUCUCUGCUGUGAAGAGUUCACAUAUUGUCAUGUUACUUGAUGACGAACAAUGGAAGAAGGAUGAUUACGCUGAUUUGCCUACCGAAGACGAGCCUGUGAUGUGUGGAAGAUUUGAAAUCAAUUUGGAAUCAAAGGAAAUCCAUGAGAAAUUUACAGUGAGAAAGUUGAGGCUGUUUUCGUCUGAAACUAGCGAUGGCCAUAUUGUAACACAUUAUCACUAUCAUGACUGGCCUUCUGGUUGUAUACCAAAGGACAAAACAGCAUUGAUUAACUUUAUUGAACAUGUGAGAGAAAGCAGAACGGCUGAGAACUCCGAUAAACCUUUAAUUGUUAUAUGCGAUUACGGAGUCGGUCCUGCUGGUGUGUUUUGUCUCGUUAGCUCGCUGUACGAUCAAAUUGAACAUGAACAAAAUGUGGACGUGUUUUUGGCGGCAAAACUCUUUCGUACUCAACGACCAAAGCUUAUUGAGACCGAGGAGUUGUAUUCAUUUUGUUAUGACGUCAUGGAUCAAGUGAUCACGAGAAAGCUUAUCUCUACGACAACAGAAUCACACAGUACUUGCCGGAGUGAAAAUAUCUCCGAUGAGAAAAAUGGAAGCCAGUUACCAAGUUUGAACGAUGUUGCUUUUGAUAUGAACGUUUAGGAUAGGAAGUGUGAUCAUGGUAAAACAAAACCAGAGUUCCGUUGGAGAGUAAAAUAUUUUUGCAAUUGCAAUCCUGUCAUGAUUGAGAAUAGAAAGGAGGAUGCGUCAUCAAGCCGAGAUGCAUUGAUUCCUUCUCGAGUCGCAUCUUCCUAGUUGACGAUACAAAUAACGUUGAGUUUUCUUGCUGGAAAGACGUUAAUGAAAGGCUUUCUCCUACACUGCAACUGCAUUGGCGUUUUAUAUGACGUACUUGAAGAAGAUGCGAGAGCUGAGGAAGUGUUUUGUGUCUUUACCUAAACUUUACAUUCCCAAUUGUUCCGAAGAAGUGAGUUAAUAAUCAAGAAUGUUGAUAUGAAGAACUAUUUUUAAAAUUUGAACUUUUUUUGUACUUUUACAAUAGGAAAAUAAGAGAUUGGACAAUAAUAUUUUAUGUAUGAGAGAUUUUGUCAAUAUGAGACUGCGAGCAUUGUGCCCAGCUAACCAUGUAUGACGUCACUCAAAAUACCUCAAUGCUGAAAUAAAUAUUUCAUGUAAAUUACUAUACUUCCAUGUAGUUCAAAACUAAACGCAAAGAAAUUGCACCAUUCUACUGAUCAGACCUUUCAGUAUUAAACUGUUUAUUAGAUUUGCA